UCAGGGUGCAGCGGGAGGCAGAGAUCUAGACUGAAGCAGGCCUUGCGAUGUGGUGCCCAGGCUGCCCCGACUACAGGACCAUGCUCCAGUUUAUUUCCAGUUCUCUUGCCUUCUUCUGGAGGAGAGUGAACUCGGAGGUGGAGGGAGUGCAGCCUCUGAAGUUUUUGGAAGGUGAUGCCAGAUUAAAAACUGUACAGGGAGUUGUGACAAGGUUCUUUGGUGGUUAUGGCUUGAUUGAUGAGUCGAUCUACUUUAGUAGUGAUGUUGUGACUGGCAGUGUGCCUCUGAAAGUUGGACAAAAAGUUACUGCAGUUGUGGAAGAAGAUAAAACAUCUCAUGGAUUGAAUGCAAUCAAAGUGGAUGCUUUCUGUGAUAAUUGCAAUGAUGAUGGACGAUCAGACUCUUAUAGAAGAGUUUCAUCGGGCUGUGUUACCUCUCUAAUGGAUAGGGCUGACUACAUUAAUCACACAGCUUACCUCUCUCUAGAUGUUGUUUGUAAAGGUUUUGAGCCUUAUCAAGGUGACCGGAUAGAAAUUGAGUUUUACAUCCAUCCAGGCACACAGAGCAGGAAGGCCCUCUCAGUGAAGCCUCUGAGACAUAAGCAUGUACAUGAGGUUUAUGUUACUAGCCUCCAUGGAAGAAACGGGGUGAUAGAUGAUACUAUCUUUUUUACCUUGGAUUCUCUGAAACUUCCUGAUGGAUACAUACCUCAAAGAUAUGAUGUCGUCAAUGCCGUCGUGGUGGAGAGCAUUCAGUUGUGUUAUACUUGGAGAGCAGUUUCUGUGACCCCAGUGCAAAGGUCGUAAUAACAAAACAUUUUUAUUCCCUGUACAUCUUUUCUUAUAUAGACAGUACAGGGCCUGGUUCAAAUGCGUUUUGAAAAAACUACAUUCAUAAACCUCAGAAAUUAUUUCAAAUACAACUUUUCAAAUCCUGAGUAGGUUGGUUAAAUGGAAUGUGUCUUCCGGAGAGUGUUUGGUAUUUCUCAUGAUUGAUUAAAGCCAUUUUAAUCCCUUA